AUGUGGGAGAAAACUGAACAGUCCGCUGCACUUUGCCGUCUGGUUCCCCUUGAAGAGGAGGCCACAGAUGCACAACCGCAGCUGCAAGAUGCAGCAGAUCCCUCCCUACUGCAGGGUAAGCUCGUAGCAGCACCGGUCUACCAAAAAGCACGAGGGAAGGACGAACAAAGAGGCGCAAGACUAGUAACCCCUUCUCAAGCUGGGGAUGACAGCCAACAAACUCUGGCACUACGACAUUUCCCUGCCGUUCAAGAGAAAUCCGGGAUCCCAAUUAACAGCAAAUGUGACUUUCGACCAAAAACAGUCUUGCUAAAAAAGGGCUGCACUGAGCAGGGUUGGAGGGGCGAUAUAGGCAUUCAGUUGAAAAAGCGGGCUAAAUCAGAGCUCUGGAAGUUCCCUCCUCUUUCUAGCUGGACGUUUGCCAACUGCUUCCCUGUGGAGCAGCUGUGUUAUACCUCUGUUUGUGAACCUGUGGCGCUCUGUAGCCACGCAUCUGGGGUCCUACUGCUACUGCAUGCACCUUCAAAACAGGGGAGAGUCUCCGUUGUACACUACCUCUUCCCGUCUGUGCCUGUUCAUGCAAGUCUUUUGGCUGCUGCAGAAGGAGCUGCCUCCGAUGCAGCAGCCCCAUGUCUAGCCAGAGAAGUGCUGCACUUCAAUACUUCGUUGCAGCACCUGCAACACUCCCAAGGAGCAAUAGCGCUAGUCUGCGCACGGGGCGAAACUCUCCUCUUACUAGCGGAAGAUAAAAGACUAGUCGAGCCACAACGACAGCAUGAACAGCAACAACAAAGUAACCAGCAGCAAGCAAAAAAAUAUGAGCAGCAACACGCACAUGAGCACCAGCAGCACCAAGAACAUGAGCACGACUCAGAGAUAGCCGCACGGCUGGUCGUAUACUUGCUCAACAGCAACAAGGAGGAAAACAACAACGCAGACAGCAGCAGUCUCAACAAAGUCUACGGUGCAAAAGAGGCCAACCUUGCAGAUCUACCUAGAUGGCCGCUGAGCCAAAAUGAUGCAGCCCCCAGACUUCGUUACUUUUUCAGCGCAACAUCAGACGAACAGAGCCAGGCGUUCAUUCUCUUUGGAGGUGCAGCAACAACAGUCAGAGGCUCCAUGCGUGCAACACUCUGCCCCUGGAACUUCAGUAGCAGCAGGAGCAGCAACAGCUACAGCAGCAGAAGCAGUGAAGGCAUAUUUCUGCCUUCUACGUGGGAGGCCUUGGACGACCUGUGGAGUUUCUGCUGCCAAUCUCGCCAGUGGAGGCAACCGCCCCGAAAGCAGCAGCAGCCGAAGUCAGUGACGUUCGCUGCAUCAGCAGAAACAGGAACAGUAGAAGAGAAAGAGUCCAGGAUGGCUAAGUGUUGUCUCACCCGAAGGUGCUUCUUGUGGCCUCCGGCUCUUGCUGGACACUCGGCGGCGGUAUACAGGGGUUGCAUGUUUGUUUUUGGCGGGUAUACGCAGCAGCCCGCAGCAGCAGCCUCAGCGGCCCCUGGCCAGCAACAGGGAGAAGCUGUGGCCGACCUGUGGAGUUGGAACAUCAAAAGCAAUGCCUGGAGGUGCGAGAGCCCAGCAGGCAGGGCCCCACUGCCUCGUUUUAUGCAUGCAAGUUCCGUCGUGGGCAGCCGUUUGCUGAUUUAUGGAGGCCGCACGGCUCAGGGGCCUCUCCCGCUAGAAGAAAUGAUGUAUGCUACAGAGCUAGAGGAGGGUCCCAAACAACGCAAGUGGACGCGAGUCACUCUUCUGGAUGCGCCGCCUCCACCCCAACUCUUCUUGGGGGCUGCAGCUUGCUGCAGUGUUGAGGGGGAGGCAGAUGCGUUGUUCCUUUGCAGCCAGAAGGCCGCCUUUCUAGUCGUAGCCAAGGAAAUACAACAGGUACUACAGCAGGCGACUACAGACAGCGACGUCUGCGGAGUUGCUGAAGAUCAAAGCCACGCAGAGGAAACACAAGCGACGGAUCAGACAAACACACACCUGCAGCGGCAAUACCAGUUGGAGGGCGCAGAUGGCUGUUUGCGCCUCGAGAUACCUGGCUACUCCCAAGCAGGCGAGGAGGAAGGAUGCCAGCAGUGCAGCACGGCAGCAGUAGAACAAGCGGAAUCUGUUGCUGCUGCCGCGGCUUUUUCUGUCUCUGAGCACGAUGUAACAGGAGAGGAACCCUUCUGUCACGCACCCACCCCCGACUUCAACUUGCAAAUUGUCGCCACCCCAAUGACUGCCUCUGCACAGCGGCGGUUCCCGACUGGUGUCUUCGGGGCUGUUGGUAGUUCUGCUUCUGCCCCGCUGCUGCGGCAACCCCACACAGAGCUGCUGUUCAACAGUCCUGGACGCAAGCCCCAGCUACAACCUGUGUCUCCAGUGCAUGCAACAGCGACCCCCAUUGUGUUUCGACCGAGGCACCGGAGCAAGCGCUCCGCACAGUCGAACAGGCAGCAGCCCCAAAGACAGCAGCCUGCUGCUGGUGGUACAAGUCGGACACGUGCAACAGAGAGCGGCCAGAACGUAGCUGAAACAGAACCGUCAGCAAAGACAACGAAAUGGAGAAAAGAGCAAGGACUGGAUUAUCUGCUGUUGCCAAGAGUUACGGAGGCGGAGCAGUCACAACAGCAGAAGCAACAGCAGAAUGAACGUAUGCCAGCACGCGCACCUCGUCCCUCCCGCUCAGCAAGUGCAGCUGGAAAUGCACGCCUAAAUUCUCAACAGCUGCAGCAGCACCAGCAGGAUCCCGUGGAUGCGGCGACCAGAGCCUCGGCAGCAGCUGCCAGUGGUCGUACUGUGCCCCUCUUCGGGCUGCGCUGGGUGCCCAACACUGGAGCAGCAGGUGCGCCACCAGCAACAGCAGCACCUCGAGCAACGGAAACGUCAACAGGACGACGGGCUAUAUCAGAUGCAGUCUAUGCACGUGCUGUUAUGAAUCGACAACAAGCGAUACAGCCGCCUGCACAGCCUUCCACCGACAGGCCACCUCCGUGCCUUCAUGCUGAGGCUCACCAGGGGACGUGGAAGCCCCAUCGGUCGCCGGCUCUUUGCUCCAGCAGCGCUGGGCGGCAUGCUGUGAGCGUCCGGGACAGGUUGGGACUUUCUGCUGUCUCAAGGGUCUGCAAUGGCUUACAGCCACAUGCACACCCGAGCAAGCCGAUAGCUCCAUGCAGAACGAGCACAGUAACAGAUGCACACCAGGAGGCCUCUCUGCGGAAUGCCACUGCAUCGCAGCGGCCUGCCGCAGGCACAGGGGCUCCCUGGGGCCCCCCGUUGGGUCACCCUGCUGUCCUAGCCUCAGCGCAUGUAUCCUCAGGAGCCGCAGGGGGCGGGUUAAACGGCUUGCAAGCCCUCAUGUGGUGGUUUGAGGCCCAUGCGAGUGUUGUACAUGACAGCAGACAGUGUAAUGCAAACUCUUCUGGAAGUGAGUCUCAAGAAGCAGAAGAAAGCCUGCUCCGUCCCUCCUCCCGCAGCAGCAGCACCAGCAGCAAUCAUAAAAAUUUAGCAUCUGCUUCACCGCCAGCACACGGAUUCGAUUCCUACCACCGCGAGACGCAGCGCCUGGCAGCGUUGAUGUACUCCGUGCAACCGGGCGGCCAUCCGCCUGGAGGGGACCCGUCUCUGACUCUGCUACCCGCGUCUCCAGCAGCACCGGCAACAACAACAAACGAGGAGAAAUGCGCAGCAGACAGCACCACAGGUGUUUCCUUGGUGGCACACAGAGUGUCCCCCCAAGUGUUUGUCGCAAGUUCCACAACACAAGAAACACCGAACAAGUCCGUGCUACCCUUCCCCCGCCCUGUUCGCAAAGUCAAGCGCUCAAAUCCCAAGAUACAAACAACAACUCCAGCAAGCAGCAGCAUCAACAGGAAGAGUUCACGGAAGGAAGGGGUUCCUGCAAAAGGGAAGAUUUCUGAGGUGCACAAUUCCAAGACAACCCCGAACGGGACCCGUCUCGGUAAGUCUCUACCUGUCGCUGUCGCAGCAGCAGCAACUGAAGAAGGGGCAGGAACAGCAGCAGCUGUCGAGGAAACAGAGGCAAGAGCUAGAAAAGAACAAGCCGGUGCUGCCAAGGGCUGCAAACCUUCAACUGUCAGCGGGAGCAGCAACAGCAGGAGAAACAGCAGCACCACUAACAGCAGCAGCAACAGCAGACCAUGCCGUGGCAGCAGCAGCAGUAGCAGCAGGACUGUUCCUGUCUCCUCUGUUUCCAAGGUAAAGGCACCUGCGCAUGGCCCCCGAAGGCCUUGUACAGCCCCUUAUCCAGUCGUUGCUGCAGGGGGGGGCCCAGUGCCCCCGCAGGGGGCCGCCAGUGCUUUUGGCAGAAUGUGGAGGCGAAUGGCCACAUGGCCGCCAGAGGCUGUUGCUGCGCUCCUACAGGCGAGGGAAACUGUGCAGAAACACUCGAGUAUGUUUAAAAACUGA